UAUUCAGAGCUUAAGGCUUUUCACAGAGGCUUGACAAAAAAUUUAAAAGUAGAAUAAUACAUCUUAGGUACCCAUGCCUUCUGUAUUUUAUUUCUGGCCAGUGAUGCACUAGUGGUAAGCAAUUUAUUAUCAUGAGCAGAAAUUAUAUACUGACCAUAGAUGGCUUGAAUAAAUAUGUAAAUUUCUUUGUGGUAAAAUUCUUUAAUUCAUAGAGUUCUCUCUCAUGUGUUAGUAGAAGAUAUGUUUCUUAGUGAGUUUGAAAAUAGUUUGGUCCUGUUGUGAAGCAGCACUUGGCAGACUUACAAAGAAGAUUUGAUUUUUUUGAUGUUAAAACUAUAUAGGAUAGGUGAUAUGAAAAUGUAUCUUCAAAGUAGUUGGUUUAUUUGUAUGUUUAGAUAGGAGGAAGUUUUUUCUUUUUUUUUUUAAAGAAUUAGAUACAGUCAGUAUUUUUGUGAACUUGUAUUUUGUUUUCAUUUAUAAAAGAUAGGAAUCAAGUAAUUAUUAAGCUUAGUGUGGGAUAAGGUACUUCAAAAAUAAGACUUGCUAUUAUGUGUACCUUUUUGUCUGCAGGUCAUUAUUGCUGUGAUUUGAGCUCAGCAUGGCUGUAGUCAUCCGUUUACUGGGGCUUCCUUUUAUUGCUGGGCCUGUGGAUAUUCGUCACUUUUUCACGGGAUUGACUAUUCCUGAUGGAGGAGUGCAUAUAAUUGGAGGGGAAAUUGGGGAGGCCUUUAUUAUUUUUGCAACAGAUGAAGAUGCAAGACGUGCCAUAAGUCGUUCAGGAGGGUUUAUCAAGGAUUCAUCUGUAGAGCUCUUUCUUAGCAGUAAGGCAGAAAUGCAGAAGACUAUAGAAAUGAAAAGAACUGAUCACAUAGGAAGAGAGCGACCAGGAUCUGGGGCAUCAAGGGUUGGCUGCUUAUCUAAUUUUGUUGAGGGUAUUAAAGAAGAAGCAAGUAAUUCUGGAUAUGGCUCUCCGAUUAAUCAAGAUGCUGGGUUUCAUAUUAAUGGUACAGGACAUGGUGAUUUAAGGCCAAGAAAGACACGGCCAUUGAAGGCAGAGAAUCCUUACUUGUUUCUACGAGGUUUGCCUUACUUAGUAAAUGAAGAUGAUGUACGUGUCUUUUUUUCUGGUUUGUGUGUAGAUGGAGUAAUUUUCUUAAAACAUCAUGAUGGCCGAAAUAAUGGUGAUGCUGUAGUAAAAUUUGCUUCAUGUAUUGAUGCUUCAGGAGGUCUUAAAUGUCAUAGAAGUUUUAUGGGUUCCAGAUUUAUAGAAGUAAUGCAAGGCUCAGAACAACAGUGGAUUGAGUUUGGUGGUAGUGCAAUUAAGGAGGGUGACAUUCCUAUGAGAAUUGAAGAACAUUCUCCACCAAGAGGAAUAAAUGAUAGACAUUUUCGAAAACGAUCUCAUUCAAAAUCUCCCAGAAGAACACGUUCUCGUUCUCCUCUUGGAUUUUAUGUUCACUUAAAAAAUCUGUCCCUAAGUAUUAACAAAAGAGAUUUAAGGAAUUUCUUUAGAGAUACUGAUUUGACUAAUGAACAGAUUAGGUUUCUAUAUAAAGAUGAAAGAAGAACAAGAUAUGCCUUUGUGAUGUUCAAGACUCUGAAAGACUAUAACACUGCUCUGGGUUUACAUAAGACUGUUUUACAAUAUCGUCCAGUUCGUGUUGAUCCAAUUUCUAGAAAACAAAUGCUGAAGUUCAUUGAAUGUUAUGAAAAGAAAAGACCGGCAUCAAUAGAGAAAGAGAGGCUUGGACAUAUUUCACAAAAAUAUUCUCAAGAAGGCUACUCUGGCCAGAAACUCUGCAUAUAUAUAAGAAAUUUUCCAUUUGAUGUUACAAAAGCUGAAGUGCAAAAGUUCUUUGCAGACUUUUCUCUUGCUGAGGAUGACAUUUAUUUGCUUUAUGAUGACAAAGGAGUUGGUCUGGGAGAAGCAUUGGUGAAAUUCAAAUCAGAAGAACAGGCCAUGAAAGCAGAACGUCUAAAUCGUCGAAGAUUCUUGGGGACAGAGGUAUUGUUAAGACUUAUAUCUGAGGCACAAAUGCGGGAGUUUGAUGUAAAUUUUUCCUUGCUGUCCAGUAAGAGAAGGCAAGACCAUUCACAGUCAUGUGACAGAGAUGAUGCUUCCCAUUCCUUUGACUCAAAUGAUCCACCAGUAUAUGCAGUGGGCCUUUCUGAAAACGUGAGGCAUCCGCAGGAAGACUUGAGGCAACUGGACAAUUUCAGGCAUCCCCAGGGGACUUUCCAGCAGCCUGAUAGAUGCCCUCCAGAAGACUUGAGGCAUUCCCCAGAGGACUUCAGGCACCCACGGGAGCAGCAUUUCCGGAAGCCCCCUGAGGAGGACUUCAGAUACCCUUGGGAGGAUUUCAGAUACCAUCGGGAAGAGGACUUCAGUCACCCGAGGGAGGAGGACUGGAGGCGGCCACGUGAGGAGGAUUUCAGGCAGCCUCCCAAGAGGGACUUUCGGCGAUCCCCUGAGGAGGACUGGAGGUGGCCGCCUGAGGAGGACUGGAGGCGACCUCCGGAGGGAGAGUUCAGACGGCCACCUGGGGAGGAUUGGAGACGGCCACCUGAGGAGGACUUCAGGCGGCUUCCCCAGGGGGAAUGGAGGCGACGACCUAAGGAGGACUUCAGGCGGCCCCUUGAGGAUUUCAGGCGACUUACGGAGGAAGACUUCAGGCGGCCCCCAGAGGAGGACUUCCGGCGUACUCCCGAGGAGCGUUUCAGGGGUUCUCCUGAGGAGGACUUGAGGCGGCUGCCCCAGGAGCACUUCCGCCGGCCGCCCCAGGAGCGCUUUCGGAGGCAACCUCAGGAGCAUUUCCGACACCCCCUCCAGGAAGAUUUCAGGCGCCCCCCAGAUGAAGAUUUCAGGCGCCUUCCGGAUGAAGACUUCAGGAACGCUCCUGAAGAGGACUUCAGGAGCCCCCAGGAGGAAGAUUUUAGAUGCCCUUCCGAUGAGGACUUCAGGCGGCUCCCGGAGGAAGAGCUCAGGGAAGCCCCGGAGGAGGACUCGCGACUUCUUGAUGACUUUAGACAGCCUGGCGAGGAGUUUAGGAGCCCAUCCGAUUUUAGAAGUCAUCGCCCUUUUGUGAAUUUUGGUCGCCCAGAAGGUGGCAAAUUUGAUUUUGGAAAGCGUAAUAUGGGAAGUUUUCCUGAGGGGAGAUUUAUGCCUGAUCCAAAACUAAAUUGUAGUUCAGGUAGAAUAACACCUAUUAAGAUCAUGAAUCUUCCAUUUAAAGCUAAUGUUAAUGAAAUACUGGACUUUUUCCAUGGCUAUAGAGUUAUACCUGAUUCAGUUACGAUACAGUAUAAUGAGCAAGGAUUACCUACUGGGGAAGCCAUUGUUGCUAUGAUAAACUAUAAUGAAGCUAUGGCUGCUAUUAAAGAUUUAAAUGAUAGGCCAGUUGGCCCGCGCAAGGUUCGGUUAAUUUUGCUCUAGAGAGCACUUCUGAGUUCAGUUACCUCUCCCAGUGUUGAUGCAGUAAAUUCAUUUAUGUUUUUAAAAAAGUGUUUAUUUUAAUUAUCUAAUGAAAAGGAACAUUUUAAAUUUGACCUGAGACUAGAGCAAAUGUAAAUAGUACAGUGUAAGUCUAGUUUUCUUUUGCUUGGAAAUUGUCGUUUACUUUUUCUAAUUAAAAUUAUAUGUUUUUUUUGUUUGUUUGUUGUUGUUUUUUGACAGUGGGGAAGAGGACUAAUAUCCUGAGUGCAUUAAUUUUUUUGUUGAUGUCAUGGGUAAACCUCAAGACCUGUAUAAAGUAGAGCUGUAUUUGGGGAAGAUAAAUUUUAUAUUCACUUUUGUUUGCAUUCUGUAGUCCACAACUUUUACCCAACAUGUAUAAGAAAAUGAUCUCUUCUAGGAGUGAGUCUCCAGAUCUGAAGUGACUACACAGAGAAAAGGGGCCUGACAGUACUUUUUAUGUGAGGAACAAAUAAGUUUCCUGGAAUCAGUGUAGCAGUGGAAAGCCUAUGGAAGUUAAGCAAUCUUUAUGAACAUGACGACAAUUUAUGACAAGGAAGAUCAUGAGUAAAGAGAAUGAAGAUUUACGUGUUGAUCUAAACAGAGGUGAGAUGAUUGGUAGGUUGGGAAAGGAUACUAACCAGACAAGUUCAUUAAAAUAGGAUCUUACCCUUUUGUUAAUUAUCUUGUCCUUUAUCAAAUGAAAAGUCAGAGCACUGAUGUAGGGAGAAGUGGGCAGAAUAAGAACAGGGUAGAAAAAAGCAUUGUACUUAAAGGAUAAAAGAAAAGAUGGGUUACACUAGAAAGCAAGAGUCGGAUACCUACUUCCCUUCAUUCCUGCUCUUCUGUGUUAACCACCCAAAGAAGGAAUAUUCCUGUACUCUGGAAGAUAGUCAUAAAGAUAUUCCUCAGUAUCCUAUGAUUUCUUUUAUCUCCAUCUCCAUUUUUUUUUCUUAAGGGUUAGAAAACUAUUUAAGGGAGUACAAACAGUGGAAACAAAACAUUUGUAGUUGAAAGUAUCCCUUUUGAGCUGCCAAGCAUAUAUGUGGGUCUGGCUGCAAAGAUUGGGCUCUGGGAUAAGAGACUCGUAACCGUAACUAACAAUGAUCCUUACUAUCACUUCAUACAGGUCACAGGGGGCUCUGGUAUACUGGGGACUGGCAAUGACAAUAAACUGCAUUACACCAAGAUACAGUUUUGGAUUUCACACCAAGAAUCUUUAGGUGUCCAGGAAUAACUUAGAGGUGAAAUGGCUUUUGACUAGGGCUGGGACUUACUAUCUUAGUUGUCAGUCUUCCUAAGAUUGUUGUCUAGCUAGAAAGGAGUCAGGUGCCCUUUAGGAGCAUGGAACUCCUAGAGGGAAAACAGAACUAGGAGUCAAUGAAAAGCCAAAGAAUUAAGGACCCAUACUCAUUCCUGGUCUGUAGCUUAUUUUAGAUAAUAAAAACAAGCACAGGCUUCCAUCGUUCCUUCUGAAUAUUAAACAUUCUCCACCUUUAGUAAAUGAACUCUAUAAAAAUAAUACAGGCAUAGACUUUAUUUUUAUUUAAGGCUGGAACAGAAAUUUCUGUUUUUUAAUUAUUUAGGCUUAAAAUUAGAAUUACAGAAUAAGCCCUUAGACUUGUUUAAGGUGAGUACAGAGGGAGGUGGUGAAUGCACAUUUUAGAAUGCCAGGCAUUCUUAAUUUUUCUUGUGUAGAGGAUUUAGAGACCAUCUGUGUACUUACAUGGAUCUGUUUACAG